AUGUGCAUGCUCCAGCACUUCCCAUCUGCCAAAACUGAAUUUUUGUCUCAAGUAUGGGAUGAUAGCAUAAUUGAGACUUCAGAAAAAAGGUCAUAUGAUUCUAACACAGAAGGACUGAUCAACGCAAUUCAGAAGAACAUUACGACUACUUGGGCAGAUCAAGUUAAGACAUGGGAGACCUGCAGCCGUAACAUGACAGCCUGCCCAGACAUAUAUGCAACUGAAAGUAUAAAAGCAGCCUGUAAUUGGGCAUAUAAAGGUGUGAGUGAAGGUUCGGUACUAGAAGAUGACUACUUCCUGUCCCGUUUACCAAUUGUCAAUAUGCGGUUAGCUCAAGGUGGAGUUCGGUUGGCAGCCACACUUAAUCGUGUAUUUGGAUGAUGUACUGCUAUGUUUGUGGUUUACAGGGUCAAAUGGUUA